AUGAAUACACCAUUCUUUACAAUGGCAUGGGAAGAUAUCACUGGGGCUAUAAGAAGACUAGGUGAUCAAGAAACAGUUGAGGAAUGUAACGAGCUAAGAACAAAACAUUUAGACCAAUCAACAGUACCUUGGAACCUUGCAGUACAAUUCCGUCAGAUACUUGAUCAGUGGAAAAAAGAUGAUGUUAAUUUUGUGGAAACUAGUGCUGCAAAACAUGUGCUAGAAUUAAUCAGGAAACAUAGUUGUGUAACUAUUACUGCUAGUUCUGGUGUUGGAAAGACAGCAACCCUCCGGCAUGUGGUUUUGAAAAUGAUUGGAGACGGGUAUGAUGCAUUACUAGUAACCAAUCCUCAUGAAAUCGUUCAGUUUUGUAAUCCAAAUCAGAAAACAUUGUUUGUUAUUGAUGACUUUUGUGGAACAUUUUCAAUAAACCAAUCCGAUGUAAACAUCUGGGAAUCAGUCAUAAAACGUAUUAAAGAAUUAACUGGAAAUAACAAUAAACUCACAAAAAUUAUUGUUGCCUGCAGAUUACAAGUCUACAAAGAUGAACACUUCGAAUCCUUAUCAAUUUUCAGAACCAAUACAUGCAACUUGUUAUCAGCAGACUUAUGCUUGUCAAAAACGGAAAAACAGUUAAUUGCAGAGUCAUAUCUGAAAGAUGACGCUUCUAAGAUUAUUCAGUAUUCUGAUUUAAAUGAUUGUUUCCCAUUGCUCUGUAAAUUGUAUAAUGUUAAUUCUGAACUCAAGAUUGAAGAUUUUUUUCAGAAUCCAUUUUCAGUGUAUGAAAAAGAGAUGGAACAUCUGAAAAAGAAUAAAAAUUUUGGUAAAUACUGUGCAAUAGCAUUGUGUAUUGUUUUUAAUAAUAAUUUUACAAACGAAGUGUUGACAGAGGAAAUAGAUGAAAAAACGAAACGCAUAAUUGAGAACACUUUUGAGGCAUGUAGACUGGACAAAAGUACGUCUAGGUCAAUCUUAUUAGAUGAACUUGAUUCACUUGAGCAAACCUUCAUAAGAAAGGAACAUGGUGUUUACAGAACUUUACACGAUAAACUGUUUGAUAUUUUAUCGUAUUAUUUUGGAAAAAAAAUGCCCAUUUUUUUAAUCCAGAAUGCAAAUAGUGGAUUUAUUAUGGAACGUUUUUUAUUAGAGAUAGAAAAAGACAGUGACCAACUCGUCACUAUAGUUCCCCCUGAAUACCACCAAAUGUAUAUACAGAGAAUGGUCAAUGACUGGUCUUGUGGGAAGGUAAUUGAUGUGUUUAAUAAUAUCAAUAUGGAUAUACCAAAGUUCAGACGACGAUUUCUGUGUCAUUUAAAUACCCUUGAUAUUUCAAAUCAGAGACAACUAGCACAAACAUGUGAUGACACUGACAACGAUAGUGUUCUUUUACAGUGUUGUUUUAAAGGAGACAUUUCUUUCAUUCAGUGGUGUUUGUAUCAUUGUGUUGAUAUUAAUCUGUGUAAAAAUGAUGGUUUGAGUCCUUUACAUGUAGCAUCACAAGAAGGGCAUACUAAAGUUGUGAAGAUGCUAUUGGAAAACAAGGCAGACAUGAAUAAGUAUACAGAUGAUGAAGCAUCGCCCCUGUUUAUGGCUUGUCAGGAAGGAUAUAAAGAUGUAGUAGAGUUGUUACUAGAUAACAAUGCAGACAGUAAUAAGUGUAAAGAUAAUGAUACAUCCCCCUUAUCCAUUGCUUGUCAGGAAGGACAUAUAGAUGUAGUACAGCUUUUACUAAAAAGGAAAGCUGAUAUCAAUAAGUGUAACGAUGAUGAACAAUCUCCAUUAUUUAUGGCUUGUCGGGAAGGACAUACAGAUAUAGUACAGCUGUUAUUGGACAGCAGGGCAGACAUUGAUAAAUGUAUGGAUCAUGAGGUUUCUCCCUUAUUCAUAGCUAGUAAUGGAGGAUAUAUAGUUAUAGUUCGGCUGUUACUAUACAACACAGCAGAUAUUAAUAAAUGUACCGAUGAAGAAGCGUCUUCCCUAUUUAUUGCUUGUCAGGAAGGACAUAAAGAUAUAGUGCAGUUGUUAUUAAAAAACAAAGCAGAUAUCAAUAAGUGUAUGAAUGAUGAAGCAUCUCCUUUGUUCAUGGCUUGUCAGGAAGGACAUACAGAUAUAGUACAUUUGUUACUAGAAAAUGAGGCAGACCUCAGUAAAUGUAAGGAUAAUGAAACAUCUCCUUUUUUUAUUGCUUGUCAGCAAGGACAAACAAAUGUAGUAAAGUUGUUACUAAAAUACAAAGUAGAUAUCAAUAAAUGUAAGGAUAAUGAAGCAUCUCCUUUGUUUAUUGCUUGUCAGGAAGGACAUAUAGAUGUAGUACAACUAUUACUAGACAGUGAUGCAGACCUCAGUAAAUGUAAGGAUAACGAAGCAUCUCCCUUUUUAAUUGCUUGUCAGCAAGGACAUACAGAUAUAGUACAACAGUUACUAGACCAUAAGGCAGACAUUAAUAAGUGUAAUACAUGUGAAAAAUCUCCCUUGUAUGUAGCGUGUGAGUUUAACCAGAAAGAUAUAGUCCAUCUGUUACUUAAUAACAAGGCGGACUUUAACAAGUGUAAUGUUGAUGAGAUAUCCCCCUUGUUUAUUGCAUGUCAAGAAGGACAUAUAAAUAUAGUACAACUGUUGCUAGACAACAAAGCAGAAAUUAAUAAAUGCAUGGAUAAUGAGAUAUCCCCCUUACUUAUUGCUUGUCAAAAAGGAUACGAAGAUAUAGUCAAGCUGUUACUAGACAACAAGGCAGACAUUGAUAAGUGUAACGAUAAGGAAGCAUCUCCUUUAUUUGUUGCUUGUCAUGAAGGAUUUAGAAAUAUAGUGCAGCUGUUACUUGAUAACAAUGCAGACAUCAAUAAGUGUUUUGAUGAUGAAGCCUCUUCCUUGUUUAUAGCUUGUCAGAAAGGACACACAGAUAUAGUAAAUAUGUUACUGGAAAACAAGGCAGACAUUAAUAAGUGUAUGUAUGAUGAAGCCUCGCCUUUGUUUGUGGCUUGUCAGGAAGGACACACAAAUAUAGUAAAGUUGUUACUGGAAAACAAGGCAGAUAUUAAUAGGUGUAUGUAUGGUGAAGUCUCUCCUUUGUUUGUGGCUUGUGGAAGGCGUAGAUUAGCCCUUACCAGACCUUCUCAUUGCACAGCCAAUAUUGACCAUUUAAAAACUUGA